AUGCCUCGAAAGCAUGUCAAGUCACGGUUUGUCACUCGGUUGUCGAUAUGGGCUGGAAAACACCUCAACUUUUAUCGGGUUCACCUGCUAUCAUUUACAUUUAUCCCGGUGAUAAGUGCGGCGAUUUUCUAUGCCAGUAAUGGGAGCACAAAAAUCUCAUAUUUGGACUCGUUGUUCAUGUGCACUAGUGCGAUGACGACCUCGGGGCUCAACACCGUAAAUCUAUCAACCACGACAGUAUGGCAGCAGGUCAUUCUCGCCUUCUUAAUGUUCAUCGGGAACUCGACUUCGAUUUCGUUGGUCGUGCUGUUCGUCCGCAGAUCAUAUUUCAAGGCCAAGUGCGAGGCCGCUGUUCGUAUGGCACGCCAGCAGCGACAUGAGCGGGAACUUAUUCGCCGUGCCAUCGCCGGAAGUCAAGGCACUGGUCAUGGCGUGUUUGCCCGAGUACGAGCACGCGCACAGACCAUUUUCGGACACCAGGCGGCUCCUGAACCAAGGCCUGAGGCUCGCGAGGAUGGCCUUGCGGAGAAGAGCGCCCUGCCGGAGCACGAACAACACCAACGAAUUCGCGGCCGCGUACGUGGAGAAACGAUUGUUGGCUCGCUACACGAAACGAUUGAAUCGGACGAUACUCACAUUGAAGAUGAUGCUGGGAACCACCUAGGGAACAGUGAGAAAUUCGGGAACGAAUAUGGAAAAGCGCCGACCGACGACAACGAUGCGAGCUCAGGCGCCAAUAACGGCGGGAAGAUUAACGAACAUCACCUCGAGAACGCAGGCCGGCGCUCUGGGCCUGAGAACUCGCACAAGCAUUCCAACGACCAGUAUCAUGUGAACUCGUUUGCGCCACCAACCUUCACCCAGACUGCGCCGACGCCGUCUUCCACUAUGACUUUGCUCCCCGAGGUCUCGGAAAGCCCGGCUGAUGAAACCGCUCCGUCAUCUCUCGAAACCGCUCCCGUGCCGGCAUCUAAUCCCGCUUCCGUUCCUAUUAGACCAAAACUCCGCCCGAGGUCGCUAGCAUUAGGGCACGAAUCGGACCAAGAUCUCAGAAAAUCGAGGGCGAGGGCCGGAGACAUCGAGAUAUUGAAGGGCGAUGCCCCAGAGAACGAUCAGGAAUCAAACACACUUCCCGACAAUCAUGAUCACCAAAGCCUUAGUGGGUCCCCCGGAGAGAAAAAGCUUGCUCUAGAGAGCGUGGGUGAAGAGAGUGCACAGGAUGUCCAUACCACUUCACCUACCGAAAUGUCAAGGCACUCGGGAUCCCCCAACGGUAUUACUCAGUUCGGAUUUACAACCAGUACCUCACCAAAGGAGGAGACAUUUUCCACUUCUCCCAACGAAAUGACAGAGUUCGCACAUAGUCCUCCAUCGUCUCCUCCAGCCCGCAAAAUCCCUGGGAGCCCAAAUUUAAAUGGCCACGGAAUACUCAUGCACUCGUCGAACUAUCCUUCUCGUUCUCCCAACGGCGUACACCAAUCACUCCCGCACAUUGGAGAACCCCUGACUAGACCACGUCAAGCAACCAUCUCGUCUCCCUCGACACGCAAAACCACACUCUCUCCGGUCGUCCGCCCUGUAUUCUUGCAUGCCCCGCACAUUACUACUGGAGGUAGGCGAACUACAUUUGCAGAGCAGGCUCACCCAUUACACCCCCACGGCCCUAUGCGUGAGAGGGCCCCAAGCAUUAAUCCUGAGUUGCGCUCUGCUCGCCGAGAGGCUCUUCGUGCACGCAACGGAACCAUUACUUCACCUUUACCACCAUUUGCCAAUCUCCCUCCCCAUACCGAAGGCGAGCAGCACAACGUUUCUCCCCUAAACGGCCAUAGCAAGCUCGCAAACGAGUACACACAGGGCUAUACUCAUCAUCCUCUCCGCCGUCCACGUGCCCAGACAGGGACAGGAGGAUUUGCUAAUCCUAUUGGACUUGUUGCUCAAUGGGGUGUCGAUUAUAUUUCCGGCGUAAAGAACUUUGUAGACGCUCAUGAAAGAGAAGUUGUCCAUGAGACGGAAGGAAGAGAAAGGAGAGGCAGUGUAUAUCAGCGUACAGAUUCCGUGGGGUCUCAGGGCGCUGGUCUGACGCCCCCAGACGAUGAUGUCAGUUUGGAUGAGGAUGAUUUGGAGAAAAUGGGUGGAGAUGAGUAUAACGCCCUGGUAGUACUAUCUUGGAUCGUCGCUGGGCAUUAUUUCGUUAACCAUAUGAUCGCAUUUAUCAUCCUGGCGCCCUACUCUGCAAAAGUCCCGUUAGUUCGCGACGUUAUUGAAGCACAGAAUCAGAGUUCUGGUAGGACGUUAAACACCACCUGGUUCGCUUUGUUCAGUGUAAUUUCGGCUUACGCAAAUGCUGGACUGACGGUCGUUGAUACUAGUUUGACCCAAAUGUCGAGUGCAUACCUGAUGAUAUUUGUCAUUAUCUGGCUGAUUUUGGUGGGGGCGACCGCUUUCCCUUUGAGUCUGAGGUUUAUCGUUUGGGUCGGAACAAAGAUUUUUCGAAAUGGUUCGACCAGCAAAGGGCUCAAGUUCCUACUCAGGCAUCCUCGUCGGUGCUUCAUGUAUUUGUUCCCUUCGCAUCAGAGCUGGUAUCUCCUUUUCACACUAGUUGUCAUUUUUAUUUUGGACUGGGCUGCCUACCUCACUUUUAAUAUUGGAAUGCCUGGUAUCGAAGCUAUCCCUCCCGGCCCUCGUGUCGUAGGCGGGUUUUUACAGGCGGUCGGUCAACGUGCUGGGGGCUUUACAACAAUCAACCUGCAGGCAAUCGCGCCGGCCCUUCAAGUCAUUUACAUCGCCACCAUGUUCGUUCAGGUAUACCCGAUUGCAAUGGCUGUGCGCACUUCGAACGUGUACGAGGACAGUGGCGUGGUUAUCUACCAAGAGGAACUAGACGACGAGGAGCCUACCAAUCUGCCCGCAGGGCGCGGUGCUGGGUUCACUGCUUACCUUGGCUGGCAUGUCAAGCACCAGCUAGCCCAAGAUUUGUUUUGGCUUUUGGCUGCAUUGACCACGCUUUGUGCAUUCGAGCGAAACCGGAUCUUGGCUGAAGAAACCGCGUACUUUAAUAUUUUCUCGCUUUUCUUUGAGAUUGUUAGUGCCUUUGCGAACGUCGGCUUCUCUUUAGGCGUGUCUUCACAACCUUUCUCCUUGUCUGGAGAAAUGCGCACUAUUCCUAAACUGGUCAUCAUUGGUCUUAUGAUUCGCGGUAGACACCGUGGUCUUCCUAUGGCAAUCGACCGAUCAGUUCAACUCCCUACAGAGUACAAAACUACGUCUAUCAUGACCAGCCCUUCGGGCGUAUCCUCUCGUCGGUCGACUGGCCUACCUUCCAUGACUCGGAGAGCGACUGUAGGUACCUGGUCGCGCACAUCGAUCCGACAGCGUCAACGUGCACAAGACCCAACUCUUGAUUCGGACUCUGACGAAUAA